UACAUAAUUAUUAAUGUAACACAAAUCCAGUGUUUCCUGACUGCUAAUCUACAAAGUCAGCACAGACGUUUUUAGAGUUGGAUUUGAGAGACAAGUACCUUCAGAAUGACUAGAAAGCAAGAGGAGUAUGUUGUGAAUGUUGAACAAAAUGUGGCCGAGAUGUGUCCCAGAAAUCCAUACUGUUCGAAUGAAGAAAUGCAGUGUGGUUGCAGACUGCACAAUGUGAUAAUCCAGCCACAGAUGGCUACAGGAAAACCAUGGUCACUCUGGAAAAUGAGUCUAGUGUGUCUUUUGGCCUGCUUAAUAGCCUCAGCCAUUGCAGUUCUGGUCUUAUAUUUUGGCCACUUUGGCAAGCCCACCAGCAAUACCACCAUCAUCAUUCACGCAGAUGGAAAGUCCAGUCAGGAUCCUGGAGUCCCUGCUCCUACCACACCUCCUGCCCCAUCAAUCCCAACUGGACCUCAAAGCAUCAUGCCUUCUACCCUCACAGCCAGCCAAAGUACACCUACUAGUGUACCCACAGCUUCCUUGGAGAUGACUAUCUCAAUUACCACCACACCUACAGUGCAUGAGGUUAUAAUUGAUGAGGACUAUGAGGAAGCAUAGUCUUAAGCUCUUGGUGCUCCUCAAGCCAGAUCUAAACCUUUACCUCAAAGGAGGUAUGCCUUGCAUUUUCUCCCCUUGCAAUGAAGUUCUGGCUUUAUAAGGACCUGUUCCUCUUGCUCAGUGCUUUGCUGGCUUCUCAUGUGGUGAUGACAGUCUUGGGGCCACCGAUGUUCAAAUGAUUCGGAAAGGAAAAUGACUAUGAAUCUGGGCGAUUCACCCAGGCUACAGCAAAGAAUAUUUUUUCCCCUCUCCUGUGCAACCAGCCUCAUGGAUCACUAAUGAGAAUUUCAGCUCAUAAAAAGGCUACCAGGUAGCCCUACUCAACUUAGCUUCCUUCAUGCUGUUUUGAAUCCAGUAUCUACCAUCUGGCAAGUGUGAGUUUUCUCCUAAUCUCUUAUACUUGACUCUUUUUCAGUAUUUGUAUGCCAGCAGGGAAAGAAGCUAAUGUUCAAUUAAAGAGAUUAAUAAGCAUAAUUUACUAAAUAUCUACUGAUCUUUACUAAGGGGCACCUCCUGUUGGUGAAUUCAGAAACAGUGGUCAUCAGUAAGAAGUAAACAAGGAUGGAUCCUGAGAAAAAACUGAACACAGGAAAGGGGUGAAGGUUUAGAUUUAAGGAGAUGGUUAGAACAGAGAAUGAAAACACCAUGGAAAUAUGGAAUCAAAAGCAAAAGCACACUCAGAGCUCAAAUGUAAACAAGUGACAUAUUUACAUGAACCUGCAAUUUCUCAUGAAGAUGGACAAUAAUAUUCUCCAUAUCUGAUAUUGCAUAAUCUCUAAACUAUUUUGAACUGCUACUUAGACAUUUUAAGCUCUUCCAUUGUUUUAUAACUCAUUGCAUAACUCAGAGGACAUAUUGCUUAUGAUUUGUGUGAAACAUAAGACUUGUUCAAUGUUACUCAUGCUACAAGUGGUUAGUACAGUACUAAUUAGAAGCAUAAAUUUUUUCAGUCUGGAAAAGACUUCAGAGGUAAAGAAAGCUGCCUGCCCUACCCUCAGCCUACUAACUACAAAAAGAGAUUAACCCAAGAAAGACUAAGCCAAAGACAGACUCAGUGAGUCAACAUUAGAACUCAUGUCUCUAAAUUAUACUUUCUGAAUCUCUUUGGCAUAUAAUUAGAGGUCCUGUACCCAUUCUAAAAGCACAAGACUUCCCAAGGCAAAAGACUUUGUACAAACCUAGGUUGGUUUUCUGCAGCCAAUA